GGUAAGUAUUCCCGCCUGUCACGCGGGUGACCCGGGUUCGAUCCCCGGCAACGGCGUAAUGUUUUGCUUUUCCAAACAUUAUUUUUUUUACUUUCACACCUUGCGAACUCUCACUAGUCUCUUGCUUCUUCCCCUUCCUCUCAGUUCCUUGCCUGUAAAAACACGUUACCCAUAAAAACACACACGCAAACCCUUGAUUCCAAAUUUCAAGCUUCAAAGCCACUCCACCACUAUCACCGUACAAAGCAAAAAAAAGAAAAAAAGACACUCCCAUUAAAUCACAAAAAUAUGUUUUUUUCCGUUUUCUUUUCCACCACCUACACCGCCACCAAAACCAAGAAACCGGAAAUGUCCGCUGCGUCACGGUGCCUUCCAAUAUCCACCACUCGAAUCCACAUAAUGGCCUUGGACGGAAUCGUCAACGUCAACUCACUCUUCUCUUUCGCGCUCUUCGUCGGCCUCACGUUUUACCCCACCACCGAUCCUGCCGCCAUGCUCAUUGGCUCCGACGUGGCCUGCGCCGCUGGGGUCUCCUCCGCAGAGGGCCUCAUCGCCUUCCACGUGUACUCCUUCAGCUCCUUCCUCUUCUCCAGCCUCGUUGCCUUGGCCCUCAAGCAAGCCAUCAAGAUCAGCAGAGACAUUGUGGUUCAAAAUGGCGGUGACUCCGGUUCGCACGUGGGUCAUGUGAACCGGGUAGCUUUGCGGGUCGGGACGCUGGUUUCGGCUUUCGGGUCUGUUUUGGGAUGUGGCUUUUUGAUGAUGGCGCUGGUGGACUUGGUUCAGAUCAAAUUGGGGAGAUUGGGUUGUGGGAGUCUUUACACUUUGGCUGCAAUUGGUCCUCUGGUGACUUUGGUUCCUCUAGCUCUUUUUAUCUAUGUUUUUCUUGUGCUACAUCCUUUUACGAGAUAGAAACGUAUGAUUAAUCAAAAGAAAUGUUAAAUUUGUGCAUCUUCUUUGCAUCUUAAUAUAAAUUAUAUGUAUAUAAAUUCAGUAUAUAGGACGUAGUUUGAAUAAAUUUCACUUGUCCUUGAUAGAGAUGGUUAAUGGAUGCUCCAUAUAUCAACAUCGUUGCCAUUACAAGCACAAAUAUCACCACUCAUCACCACAGUUAACACAUAAGUACACUUAAAUGGAUCUCCAUUUAAUUAAAUGUGUACCAAUUUACUGUCCCUAGUGAUCGAUCAUGUUAAGCUUUGAUAAAUUGAUAGGUUUGAUUAUUUAUGGUGUAGUAUCUUCCUUUAGAGUUUCUAUUUUAGGCUCUACGUACUUUUUUUUUUUAAUUAGACGAUAGAUCUGUUAGAUUAGAUGUUAGAAUAGGAAGCC